GGCGCUCGUUUACACCCAGUGCAAAACACGGCACAAAGCUCUGGUGCCGCAGCGGUUGCGGCUCCAGGGCCGAGCUAACAAUGAAUCAGGCCCAUCGGUGCUACAGGAGGUUGAGGCAGAGCCAGCAGUGAUCAGAAGGGAUCCGGGGAAGAUUUUUCUCCAGUGUGUUAGCUGCUGCUUUUUAGGAGCUAUAAUAUUUUCCUGCUUGCGCUGAGUCAUCCCUGUCCUACCCCCUUAUCUCCCCUCUCCAGCCUAUGCCCGCGGAGGUGAACAGGCUUGUGAGAUAGCCGUACUAAGCACCACAGCCUGCGAAAACCACAGUGAGGAGGGAGAGACGCAGGUGUCUCUGCUCAGGGGAGCGGAUAGCUGGGGAGCCAGAAGCCGUGAUGGACUCUGGAGGGGAAACACGGGUGCAGUUGCCCUGAACCGUGACAGUGGGGAAAAAUACAUCUGCUGAUCUCAGACAUAUAAAUCUAUCUCCCUUCUCCAUGUACAUGCAGCCCAAUGGGCGGUGGAGAGACAACAGUCCCGCUGCUGAUUGGCAACAAGAUGAAGGAAGAGAGGCCACAAGCAACUAGAGAUCCUGCUCUCAGCCUACAGUGCAUUCGAGAUCAGAAGAUUCCAAUUGCUCUGGGUGUCAUCAUCGCAGUGCUGGUCUCUGUUAUAAUUGCACUGGCUGUGAGAGCCUCCCAGGCUUUCCCGCCCCCCAUCAACGCCGCGUGCCCGGAUGACUGGAUCGGAAACCGAGGCAAAUGCUACUUCUUCUCCGAGAUGGAAGGGAACUGGACAUCCAGUCAAAGCAAAUGCUCUUCACUCAGCGCCUCCCUGGCUGUGAUUGACUCCCCGCAGGACCUGGAUUUCAUGCUGCGCUAUAAAGGACGCUCUCACCACUGGAUUGGCCUAUGGAAGGAGCUGGACCAGCCCUGGAAAUGGCCCAAUGGAACUGAAUUCAACAACAUGUUUCCAGUGAGAGGGGAAGGGCAGUGCGCUUUCCUGAAUGACAUUGGUGUCAGCAGCUCCAGAUGCUACUCGGAGAGAGGUUUCAUCUGCAGCCGGCCAGACGACUGCACUAGAAGGAAGCCAAGCGCCGCCAGAGGGGACGCUGUCUAAGCUUAAGGGACCGCUGCAAACUCUUCAGUGAUCGCAGAACUUGCACAAUGGUCAUUUUUAGGGGGCAUCCUACCUCUGCAGCCAUGGCUCUGCGCAGAUGCCUGCAGAAAACCCAGUGACAAACACUAACCUCCUGCAAGAUUACUCCGUUACCACGCUGGGUUUUAAACCCUUUUUGUUUUUAGAAAAGGUGAACGUUGGGAUCCUCUUGCUAUAAUUCUGUGACCUUCAUAACGAGCUCAGAUUCUGCAGAAUCCCAGCUUUCUUUCUUUAUUUUUUUUAAUAUGUAAGUUUCUAGCCCUUGUGGUUUCGAAGAGAACUGUUCUAAUACUAAUAGAGCUUGAGUCUGCAAAGAGCCUGCCAUGCCUCAGAAAAGUGCCUUAUCAGGGCCGGUGUAAUCACUAGGUGAAUUAGGUGGCUGCCUAGGGCGCCAAGCUUUGGGGGUGCCAAAAAGCAGCGCCCCCAAAAAAUUUUUUACACUAUUGCUGCAAAACGAAUGAAUAAAGAAAAGAGAAACGUCGUUGAACUUGCAUUUUAACUUGCCGCUCUUCUCUCGUACAUUACAGCUAUAGCCUACGCCAGCUCUGCGUUGCAGGCACAAGCGUAUUGCUUCACUACAGUGCAAAGUGGCAACGACGUAAUUUUUCUCGUCCCGCACAGCCGUUACCUGUUCUGACAGGCUGUUUAUAAUGCUAAGUUUACUAGUUUUUGGAGGUUGUCGACUGAGGCUAACAAUUUUUGUUGAGUUGUUUCAGAUCUAAGACUCUAGCAAAUUGCUGCUGCAUCAUUUCGCUAAUACAUAACAUACUGACAAAGUAUUUGAGUGUAUAUGUUUAUCAUGUGUGAAUAUGCGUGUGUAGGGUGUUGAAAUUUGUCAUAUUGAUAUUGUCAGUUGUUGUUGUAUGACAGUCGUUAUUUUAAGAUGCAUGCUAUGUUGUGCAAAGUGAAAACAAUAACAAUGUCAACACUGUCAGUUUAUUCAUUUAUUUUCAUUAAAUAUGUAGACUAAAUAAUGAAAUUAAUACAUUUUCAAGCCAAACGUGUAUUAAUUCUAAUGAACAAUGCCAC